UUUGCUUGGUGAWGUUCCUGUAGAAACUUMAAUUUUAAGACGARAUCUUGUGCUACAAAUAUUCCUGGAUUAUUACCAAAGGUGCAAUGGAUACAAGUGGACACAAAUGACCUAAGUUUGUAGAAAAUCGAAAGAAGUCUAACAGAGAAACACAAGAAAUAAAGUGAGAAAAUUCUGUCGCUGAGUGAAGAACAACGUUUGCCUCAAGAAACCAUGGAAAAUAGACCUGAUGAGAAUGUCAUAACGGCAACACGUCGGCAAGUGUUUCGUGGCGUUGAGUAUGUGGUAUCGCUUGUUGUUAACAAAGAAGAAAAUCAGUUCAGCAUCGAAGUGGAGGACAGACUGACAGCCGACCAGUGGAGAGGAAUGUUCGAUGCAAAAUACAUUGAAGAUCUCACCCACAAGACUGGCAAUUACAAGCAGUUUGGCAUAUUUGUUAGUAUGUUAGAGUCUGCACUUUUAAAGGGUAGUCAAACKGUCACUCUGGAUUUGCUGACAUACAGUGACUUAGAAGCUUUGCGAAACAAGAAAUCACAUAAACCUGGUGGUGGAACGCAACACAUCCCUCCUGCCAAGACUAAUUCUACAUUGCACACCAAGAGAUAUUUGAUAUUAACUUAUUCUGUAGAAUUUGAUAGAAUACAUUAUCCACUACCUUUACCAUAUGUUGGCAAGCCAGACCCAGUCCAACUCCAAGAAACAAUACGAACUCURCGAGAAGAAAAUAGAGCUCUCAGAGAUCAACUCAUGAAAGGAUCCAGAGGUGGCUCUAUUAUUCAUUUACAGAAAGAGUAUGAAAAAGCCAUACAUGAACGAGAUAACAUYCAGGCUGAGUUUGAUCAUUUUCAAAGAGAGAUGAAACAUGCUGACAARGCAAAUACUGCAAAAGAAAUAAGRAUCUUGAAGAAAGUUGUCCAGAAUCUCGAGAGUGAUUUGAUGAAAGAAAGGAGCAAAUAUCAAAGAACACUGAACAAGAAGAAUCAAGAAUAUAGAAGUGUAUCAGAUGAGUUGGAAGAGGUCCGUUCAAGUGAGCGAAAUCUUCGAGCACGAUGUCGGAGUUUAACAAAUGAAUUAGCUGUCUUCAAAAGAGGGUCUAGAGUUUCUCCAUCAACGAGUUUAACUACUCAGAGAAGCAACUCCCGUACGUCGUUCAGGGAUCGUCGUUCUAACUCGCGGGAUCGCUCUGCUAUGGUGCGGGAUCGUCGAUCUGCCUCGACAGAACGCCGUUCUGCUUCUAGAGAUCGCAUUAUGUCGUCGCGUCGGCGAAUGCCAUCUCCAGCAGGUCCACGACCGCCAAGAUUUGAUCCAACAGCGUACGUUAAGGAAAAACAGCGAAAAGCACAGGAAGCYCAAGAAAGAGGCCGAAAAAGAACUCRAUCAAAUGGCUCUCUAACACGAGGUCGUUCCAGAUCUCUCUCAGCGAACCGUAACUCUGGCUUAGUCCCUUCCGUUGAGAAAGCAGGCAGUGCAAAAGGGCGCCGACGCCCUUCGUCUGCKGGAAGUAACGCGAGUAGGCGCUCUUCGCAGUCAUCGAUGGAUGGCAUUUURUCAGAUCAUUCGAACAAACCUACACGAAGAAGAACAAAGAAAAAAUCAGAAAAUUUAGCCGGAAAAGAAAACCGAAAGGGACGCGAUGCCUGGUCGAGCCCCGAGGCGUCAGACAUGGGCAGCUACAAAGACAUACGAAUUCCAAACGCUUUAUACUCGAGUACCCCCGAAAACGGUCGAACGCACUCGCGCACUAAAGGAAAAAUUCGGAACGCAAAGACGAUUCGAUCGCAAGAAAUUGAGGAUUCAUUCAACCGAUCUGCGGAAAUGCUGGAAAUUGAUGCUCGUUUGAAUGCAUUACAGCAUUUCAUGAAGGCAAACUUACAGUAGAAGGAGUAGAAGUAGAACCAAAAAGCGCCAAUGAUGAAAAAUGGCGGAAAAUUGUGUCCCCAUGCCRGACAUCAGGAGAAUGUAUGUGCGCAAGU